CGAUGGUUCGUCAAACCUUGCCAGACUUGACCUUUGUCCUAACAGCACCCUUGCUUAUGAAGGCCGGCUCGUCGACCACUGGACCUUCGCCCAAACACCGUGGGUUGGCCCUCAUCCGGCGAAGCUCCGACUCCCUCCCACCCUUAUAUUUUCAGAUAUUCUGUAGGGCAGAAACUUGCCGGCCGACGGCGACGCGCCUCGUCAGAUCCCCUGUACACGCAGAGCGAGAGAGGAAAGCCUAGCCGAUGGAUCGCCACCCCAGCGGUCAGAGGGCGGAGGCGGCGAAGCCUCUUGUGCUGCUGCUUUGCGGGUCACUCGUGUACUACCACUGCGCCCUCAGGGACUCGAGCGUCGUCUCGCUUGUCUCCGACGUCUUUAUCGUCGUCGCCUGCUCGCUCGCCAUUCUUGGCCUCCUAUUCCGCCAAAUGAAAAUCUCGGUACCUGUUGAUCCUCUUGAGUGGCAGAUAUCUCAGGAGACUGCAAAUGGAGUGGCUGCUUGCUUGGCUAACACCGUAGGUGCAGCAGAAUCUGUAUUGAGAGUUGCUGCAACCGGGCAUGAUAAGCGGCUCUUUCUCAAGGCAUGGUGGUUCUUAUUCUUUAUCUCUCAUCCGUGUUGGGUAGAGCGGCCUCUGGCGCAACAAUUGCUUAUGCGGGAUUAUGCAUAGUGUGCGUGUAUUCUUUCAUGACAAGUUCGGUUCCAGUCACUUCCUGCCCUUUACAGUUUCUGAACAGAAGAGAGACUCCUUCUGUUGAACAGGAAAACUUGUAACAUUGUCUGGUUUGCACGACACUGUUGUAAAUACUUAAAGCCGCGGGAUUUCUUUAUGCAACUUCACUUUGGCAUGGGCCUCUCGUUUUACAUGGCUGGUGACUUCUUCCUAUCUGGGAUCGAUCUUUGCUUUUACACGCCAGGCAUGUUUUCUUCUCCAGACUCCAACUGCUGUAGUUCAGACGAGAAUAGGAGGAAAACGUCUUGUGAGGUUGAACACGAGAAACUGCAGAGUGGUGCAUUCAACACUUUUGUUGUCUGAUCCAAGUGUAAUUUUUGAACGAGUUCGCAAGUGCUAAAAAGAUAAUGAGACAGUAGGCGUGACCAUUUGAAAUCUUCGAAGUGAAUCUGUAACAUGAACUUCUGGGUUUCUGUUGUCGUGAAUCAUUGCAAAACUGGAUAUCCUUCUUCAGUGUGUUA